UGACGUUCGUCAUGGCCGCCUCCUUGGCUAGAGGAGGCGUGAACGCGAAGGUUCUGCUGCGGGCUCCGAGGGACAUUUGGUGGAGGAGACCUGGGGGCUGUUCGGGGUCCGGGGAGACGGCAGCGCCGGCGAUAACCAGGAAAUUCCGGGGGACAGGCUCCCGCCGAUCGGGAGAGGAGGAAGCCGGCGUCUCUGAGGGGCCUGAGGACGUAGUGAAUGUGGUGUUUGUCGACCGGUCAGGCCAGCGGAUUCCAGUGAGCGGCAGAGUUGGGGACAGUGUUCUCCACCUGGCCCAGCGCCACGGUGUGGACCUGGAAGGGGCUUGCGAAGCCUCCCUAGCAUGUUCCACCUGCCAUGUGUAUGUGAGCAAGGACCACCUGGACCUUCUGCCGCCUCCUGAGGAGAGGGAAGAUGACAUGCUGGACAUGGCCCCCCUCCUGCAGGAGAACUCCCGGCUGGGCUGCCAGAUCAUGCUGACACCAGAGCUGGAAGGGGCAGAAUUCACCUUGCCCAAGAUCACCAGGAACUUCUACGUGGAUGGCCAUGUCCCCAAGCCCCACUGACAAGGGCAGCUGUAUGGUCCAGUGCUGCCACGGUACUGGGGGCUGAACUGAAGGAUUAGCCAAGCUGUCAGGCCCAGCCCAGAGCAUUGGAAGGCUGGAGAGAGAUGCAGGAAGCCUUCGAAAAGGCCGAAGCCCCUGCUUGGGAGAGAUCUCGUCGUCAGGCCAAGCUCCGGUGGGGCUAGAGCCCCUGCUGUGGCAGCUCCCCCAAACCCCUAAGAAAUGGGGCACUAGAAGGGGCAGACUUAAAUUGGAGCUGCAAUAAAACUGUCUUAGACUUCCA